CUCGGUCUACCCGGUCGGCGCGCGCGGCUCCCGUCACUCGAACGCGCGCGGCGGGAAGAUGGCGGAGUCCGGUGGCAGCGGCGGUGGGGCUGGCGGCGGUGGCGGCUUCGGCGCAGGCCCGGGCCCCGAGCGCCCGAACAGGACAGGAAGAAGAAAGAAAACAUCCAUGUGAGACACCCGCUGCCAGGGACAUGGAGAAGGACAGGAGGGGACGAAGCUGCUUGCUCCCUUCUUUGGUGCACCUUGUACCCCACACCUGGUAGCAGCAAUGAGAUGAGCUGGCCCCAUCUUCUGGACCAGGAUUGUCAUCAGAGCUGAUGCGGCUCAGGCUGCUGGCUGCAGAGACCCUGGCCUGGCCCCUGAUGCCCCCUCUGGAAGGUCCUGCUGGCCACCUGUGCUGUCCCUGCCUUCUGGGUCCCAAGCAGCCCUUCCACUUAUUGGGGAACCCAGAUAUCCUUUGCCCAGGGGAGCUCCUGGCCAGCUCUCUGGUUCCCCAUUUUUCAAUAAAGCUAACAGCAGGGGAGGCAUCUGCCGGGCAGCGUCUCGGUCCUAUAGUGUGUUCCCACACAAACAGCUUUGAGCACAAGCUCAGCCGCUGUGUCGUCUGCACCUCCCUCCUCUCGAGGCUGCAGGUGGCGCCUGUCCCUGGUUACACAUCAGGAGCAGCCUCCUUGCCCACCCGGGGGCCGCCCUUCGCCAGAAGUACUGCUGCGAGCAUUUAGCUUGUUUCUCGUCUCCUGCCCCUAGAUGUGAUGCAGUCUGUCCUGCCCUCCAUGUCGCCAGGUUCUGCAUCCUCAGAUUCAAACAGCUGCAGAUCGACGACCAUUAAAAAAACAAAAAUGUGCAGCAUGGCUGAUAAGAACGGGGCCCUCAAGUGCACCUUCUCGGCGCCCGGCCACAGCACCAGCCUCCUGCAGGGCCUGGCCACCCUCCGUGCCCAGGGCCAGCUCCUGGACGUGGUGUUGACCAUCAACAGAGAGGUCUUUCAUGCGCACAAGGUGGUCCUGGCUGCCUGCAGCGAUUACUUCAGGGCUAUGUUCACGGGAGGCAUGAGGGAGGCCAGCCAGGAUGUCAUUGAGCUGAAAGGCGUGUCUGCCCGCGGCCUGCGGCACAUCAUCGACUUCGCCUACAGCGCUGAGGUGACCCUGGACCUGGACUGCGUACAGGACGUGCUGGGCGCCGCGGUGUUCCUGCAGAUGCUGCCGGUGGUGGAGCUGUGCGAGGAGUUCCUCAAGGCCGCCAUGAGCGUGGAGACCUGCCUCAACAUCGGCCAGAUGGCCACCACCUUCAGCCUGGCCUCACUCAGGGAGUCCGUGGACGCCUUCACCUUCCGCCACUUCCUGCAGAUCGCCGAGGAGGAAGACUUCCUGCGCCUGCCCCUGGAGCGCCUGGUCUUCUUCCUGCAGAGCAACCGGCUGCAGAGCUGCUCCGAGAUCGACCUGUUCCGAGCCGCCGUCCGCUGGCUGCAGCAUGACCCGGCCCGGCGGCCGCGCGCCAGCCACGUGCUGUGCCACAUCCGCUUCCCGCUCAUGCAGUCGUCGGAGCUGGUGGACAGCGUGCAGACGCUGGACAUCAUGGUGGAGGACGUGCUCUGCCGCCAGUACCUGCUGGAGGCCUUCAACUACCAGGUGCUGCCCUUCCGGCAGCACGAGAUGCAGUCUCCACGCACCGCCGUGCGCUCCGACGUCCCCUCCCUGGUCACCUUCGGUGGCACCCCCUACACUGACAGUGACCGGUCCGUCAGCAGCAAGGUGUACCAGCUGCCCGAGCCAGGCGCCCGCCACUUCCGCGAGCUCACGGAGAUGGAGGUGGGCUGCAGCCACACGUGCGUGGCCGUGCUGGACAACUUCGUGUACGUGGCCGGGGGCCAGCACCUGCAAUACCGCAGCGGCGAGGGCGCCGUGGACGCCUGCUACCGCUACGACCCGCACCUGAACCGCUGGCUGCGCCUGCAGGCCAUGCAGGAGAGCCGCAUCCAGUUCCAGCUCAACGUGCUGUGCGGCAUGGUGUACGCCACGGGCGGCCGCAACCGCGCCGGCAGCCUGGCCUCGGUGGAGAGGUACUGCCCCCGGCGCAACGAGUGGGGCUACGCCUGCUCGCUCAAGCGCCGCACCUGGGGCCACGCCGGGGCCUCUUCUGGGGGCCGCCUCUACAUCUCGGGGGGCUACGGCAUCUCGGUGGAGGACAAGAAGGCGCUGCACUGCUACGAUCCCGUGGCCGACCAGUGGGAGUUCAAAGCACCCAUGAGUGAGCCCCGGGUGCUCCACGCCAUGGUGGGCGCUGGUGGCCGCAUCUAUGCCCUUGGUGGCCGCAUGGACCACGUGGAUCGCUGCUUCGAUGUGCUGGCUGUGGAGUACUACGUGCCCGAGACGGACCAGUGGACCAGCGUGACCCCCAUGCGGGCUGGCCAGUCGGAGGCCGGCUGCUGCCUGCUGGAGAGGAAGAUCUAUAUCGUGGGGGGCUACAACUGGCGCCUCAACAACGUGACGGGCAUCGUGCAGGUGUACAACACGGAGACGGACCAGUGGGAGCGGGACCUGCACUUCCCAGAGUCCUUUGCGGGCAUCGCCUGCGCCCCUGUCCUGCUGCCGCGUGCCGGGGGCAGGAGGUAGUUCCUUGGACUCCUGGGAUCCUGGCCCAGCUGCAUGUGGUCUCCCAGCCCGCCUGGCAGGCACAGCUGGGCAGGGAACCUCAGGCACCCCCCAGCGCUGGCCUCCAGGGGCCUGCUGAGCUGAGGGGCUGGGCACCCUCCUGAGGCAGAUCCUGGCUCUGAGUCCAGCCCAGGGGCCCAGCCCCAAAGGCCACCACAUCAUGGCAACAAGCUCAUGCCCCAGGUGGUUCCCUCACCCAGCCUGCAAGUCCUGCUAUGGGGGGCAGCCGGGCUCCUCCUGGUGUCAUUGUGUGGCUCUGCUUCCCUUCCCUCCCGUCCCCAUCCAGCUUUGCCUGCCUGUGGUUCAGAUGCUCAGACGUGAGCCCAUGAACACCGAAUGCCAGGCCCCCGGGAUGCACCUCCCCGCCCUCCUGAGUCGCCCAAAGCCUCCCUAACAUGGGUGCUCUCAGGGCAGGAGAGGCGGCUCCAGAGCCCCUGGGUUGGGCUGACGGAUGGGGAGGGCCUCUCUGCUUCCCCAGAUGUGCUUGCCCAACCCUUUCAGCCUGAGCUGUCGCCAGGCCUCUGCCUGCAUCCCCCUGCCUGUCCUGGGCCCCUGCACCUUAAGGGCCCCUGCUCCUCUGCUUGCAGGAGAAACCACAGCUGACUCCCGGAGGCAGCCCUGAGGGCACUGGGCCCUCCAUUUGGCGCUGAGCAUCACCCAGGGCCUGAACGAGGGUGGCCGGCCAAGAUGCCCCAUCUGCUGCCUUGGCUCUGGGUGGCCAGGCUGUCCCCUCCCAUGGUGGAGAGGACACCAGCCCAGGCUCCAGAGUGCUUCUGCAUCCCGCAGGGCUGUGGACAAUUUUGAUUCCCCUCCCUCAGCCCAGCCCAGCCCUGGUUUUAGGUCAACGCACCACCAAGCCUGAGGCCACCCUUGGGCGGGCGCUGGGGCUGCUCCUUCAAGGGCUUUGCGGUAUCUCUGGCCACAAGAGGUUAGGUGUCUAACCCUCUAAACGUCUUCUUUUUGUUUUGUUUUACUGUUCUUCUUUUUUUUUUUUAGAAGCCAGCACUGCUGUCUUCUAAGUGAGGUUCAUACUCUAGGGACAACUUAAAGUGUCUCUUCUGCUGCUAACAGAGGAUGGAUGUCGAGUUUUGUGACCCGCUCACGGUGUAAAGGAUUAACCUCAUACCUCAGCCGCCGUCCUUCCCUAAUGUCUCCCUUUAUUUAAUAAAAACGUUAUGGUGAAAAGAUGGAGUGCCCGCGCUGAGCCUGUGCAGCUUGGGCCUGAUUGGUCACAGA